AUGCUCUGCUAUGUCGGAAAAGCCACCAAGAUUUUCAUUUUCAUCGUCACUGUCGUCGUCGUCAUUGGUCUCGUCGUAGGCUUCGGUAUCAUCCGCCGACACUCUCACCACGACUGCUCCGGCGACUAUUGCUCAUCUUCCGCCGAUUCUUCUUCUUCCUCUUCCUCUUCCUCUACUUCUCCUUUUAUAACUCCGUUUCCUAAUCCUAACCCGAAUCCAAACCCGAACCCGCCUGUUCUCGGAUCUUCUCCACCCGCCCCGCCCGAUUCAUCAUCAUCUCCAUUAAACCCGUCUGUUCCAAUUUCUCCAAAUCCGCCGGCGCCGAUCGUGAACCCGAAUUCGCCUCCGCCUCCGUCUACGCCUAAUCUGAAUCCUCCUCCGCAGUUUUCACCUCCUCCACCGGAUACGGAGACAACCACCGCACCGCCUCCACCUCCAACUCAGACAUCAAUCGCGCCACCGCCUCCAGCUGCGGUAUCGGCACCUCCGCCGUUAACUCCGCCGAGCUCCGUCGUCAACACUCCCGGUCCUGUGCAUGCGAAGCUGGUCAAUGACUAA